CUGAAGGUGCACUACCACGCGAUUCCACUCCCUCUGAAAAAAAAACUCACGGUAGAUCUCAGCGGCGAAAAAUCUCGCUUGCAUUUGGAGUUAGGUCACUCAGGUGGCAAGCUAGAUCAGGAGUAGCGGGUGUGCGUGUGAGCUACUCACGCACACAAAAUCCAAAACAACCUGACUUCUUUACUUCAGUUUCAUCCAGUCUCCCCUCCGCCGUAAUGCUCAACUAUGGUGAGAGUCCGGCUCCCACUGCAUCUGCGGUGGUCAGCCGGAGGAGAACCGUUGGUGACCAGAGGUUCACUUGUUCCCAACAAUCUGUACUCAUUGCUAUAGAUAGAUUUGUCAAAGCUGUUAAUAAUAUGGAUGCCACUGUUUUGAUACCAUCCAGAUUAAGGGAUAUGGAGCUGCAAAAUCGGAGAAAAACCUCCCAACCUCCACCUGGCUUGCAAAACCACCAGGAUCUUUAUAGUUUCUACUCUAUGCUGAAGGACGUUAAAAAUGAGCUUCUGUGGGGUCCUUCAUCCGUGAAUGCGACCCUGUUCCCUGUCGGGGGAUCCUUUAGUGGAUUAUCUAGUUCACGAAGAUCUACCAUGAGCAUGAUGAUGACCGCUGGUAUGACCACUGGAAUGACCACACCACGGCAAGCGUCUGAUGAUGGAUUGGGAAGUAGUUUGGGCUGCUCAUCAGACCAAGAUACAGAUAGUGAAUUUGAAAGUAUAAUGACUGACAGAGAGAGUAUGAUUAUGGAACAGACUUCGCAUUUAGCAACUGCGUUUCGGCAUCAUCUGCAUGGACUUCAUGCGAUUUUGCAUCAGCUUGCGGAUUCUGCUGACUAUUUGUCCAACAGGUAUCAAGAAGAAAUUGAUUCGCCUCUUGCAUAGCCCAAAGCGAAAAGAGCUUCUGACUGACGGCCAUUCUCAAAAUUAUACUAUGUGUGUGCAAUUUGAUCGAUGGUUCCUUUUUUAAGGAUGGUGCUUUGCUCAAUAAUGUGGAUUGUUUACGUCUGGUUACUUACUGGAUACUGAGUUACUUCCAUUUAUGCUGAUUCCGUGCAUAGUUAAAAGUAAUACUGAGCUUUACUAUGCCUAUCUAUACCUAUUUACUUGAUUUAAGUUCAUAUCAAUUUAGUUUAUUUUAAAUUAUAAAAAGACCAAAAGUUGGUCAUUUGAAAUUGAAAAUUAAUAACCACAAAUGAUUUUAAAUAACAAAUGAAAAUUAACCAUUCAUAUUUAUUGGCCAUUUGAAAUUUAUUUAAUUAUUUUUUAAGCUGCUAUGUAAAGCUUUUGGAAUUCUCCUAGACAAGAUGGAUUAUGAUAAAUUUAAUUUUCGAUUAAAAUAUUUUUUUAAUUUUUUUAUUAGAAUAAGAUCUAUUUUAGAAUUUUAUGGGUAAGCAGCAAAAAAAAUAGAAUAAAUAACAUAUUUAGAGUAUAUUUAAAGAACAGAAGUUAUCAUUAUAAUUUCUCAGAUACGAAUUUCGGUUUGCAAUUCGCGAAGCAAAUGCUUUAUUUAUUCAAUUAAAAUUUAUCUUACUGCAAGAUUUUCUAGGAAUAUCUUGUGCUGAACCUUCCAGUUUAGUGUGCUUGAACCAGUAUGUUUGAUCCAAUGUGAAAGAACUUUAAUAUAAUUUUCAUAUUUGUGGAAAAAGAUGCUAAGAGCAUUUAAACUCUCUGUAAAACUAGUCUCAAUUUCAAGCCAAACAUAUGUGUUGAGAAUGGCCGAGAGAAAUGAAUGAAAUAUUAUAUCAGAGCAGUGUUCGUUGACUUGUUAUGUUAGUUACGAAAACAAAAUACUUUCGCUUUUUCGAAUUACCUUUGGAUUAUAUUUCCAUGCCUUUAAGGAAGAAACAGGGGGCUUUUUUUUUGUCUUGAAAAUGAUACCAAUGGGAAUACUGCACUCUAAAUUUUUUACAACUUAUGUUGCCAAAAUUGAGUUUUAAGUUUGUGGUAUUUGGUCCGUGCUUUAACAAUAGAAGAAGUUGGAUAAGAAUUUAGAACUAUGAAAAUUCUCAAAAUAAAUAUGAAGACAUACCUGUCGAUUCCCAGGAUUGGAAAAGCAUAUCAAGAAUUGAAAAUUCAACCAUUCCUUUUUCAUCCUAAAAAUUUUUCAAGUCAUAUCUGAUUUGAAGUCAACAGAAGAAAAGAAGGAAAACAUUCUAAAAUAAGUGAAAAUCACAAACAUUUUAAUCAUAUUACAAUAACUGAAAAAUAUUCAAAUUAUUUUGCUGUUAGGCAAAAAUAAAUUAGCUUCUGCUUUGUUUGCACAUAAGCUUAUUUGAUAAAAAUCAGUUUUAAAAUCCAAUUUGUUGUUUUCAUACGGGUUUCUUUCUUUUAUUUCCUGUGGUUAAUCUCUGUUUUUAUGUUUAUCUGCUACUUGUUAAUUUCUGUUAAAGCUGAUGUUUGCUUCCGCUGCCGGAAGUUUGGGCAGGUAUUGAGUUUGACAGUUUUUAAUUUGUUAAAUUUUAAAUUCAGUCAAAGAUUAAAGCAAACUUAAAACUGGAUUUUAAACUGCUGAUCUUAACGCUUGAAAUAACUUGAUUGAAGAGAAAGAAAAUACCCGCAGCAUGAAAAAUGAAAUAUUUGUCUCCUUAAAAAAUGCUUAAAAAUGUCAUAGACAUAUUUUUAUUUAUUUGCUAAAACAUAGAAAUUUUUUAGUUUCUCCAGUAAUUAUUAUCGCCUUGCAUUUAUACUUUUGAAACGUUUUAUUUUAAAGAUAGGAUAAAUAAAAAUAUUUAUUUCGAUGUGCAAUCAAAAACUUACUUAUCAAAGACUUAGUGCAUUUUACUAUUACUGAAAAGGUCUUUGUAAACAGUAGUAGUAUAAUUUAUGUCUAUUCAAAUAACAAUAGA